AUGCACUCUCUCACGCGCUCUUUCACGCGCAUUGUCACGCGCUCACUCUCGUGCACUCACGCGCAUUCUCUCCCUCACGCGCUCUCUCUCGCGCUCACUCACGCGCACUCUCACGCGUACUCUCACUCUCUCUCACGCACUCUCUCACACGCAACCUCACGUGUGCGCUCUCUCACGCGCUCUCUCACGCGCUCCCUCACGCGCUCUCUCACACGCUCUCUCACGCGCUCCCUCACGCGCUCUCUCACGCGCUCUCAUGCGCUCCCUCACGCGCUCCAUCACGCGCUCUCUCACGCGCUCUCUCACGCGCUCUCUCACGCGCUCUCUCACGCGCUCUCUCACGCGCUCUCUCACGCGCUCCCUCACGCGCUCUCUCACGCGCUCUCUCACACGCCCUCGCAUGCGCUCCAUCACGCGCUCUCCCACGCGCUCUCUCACGCGCUCUCCCACACGCUCUCUCACGCGCUCUCUCACGCGCUCUCUCACGCGCUCUCUCACGCGCUCCCUCAGCAUGCUUGGCGCCAGCGCGCUAGGCGCCAGCCCGCUAGACGCCAACGCGCUAGGUGCCAGCGCGUUAGGCGCCAGCGCGCUAUGCGCCAGCGCGUUAGACGCCAGCGCGCUUGGCGCCAGCGCGCUAUGCGCCAGCGUGUUAGACGCCAGCGCGCUAGGCGCCAGCGCGCUAGGCGCCAUCGCGUUAGGCGCCAGGGCGAUAGGCGCCAGCGCGCUAGGCGCCAGCGCGUUAGGCGACCAAAGAGGAGAGCAAUGGCAGUGUAA